AUGAAUCAGCAAUACCGCAGUCCUUGCGAGAAUUCACAGCUUGCAUUCAGAGGGAAUGAGAAGGUCAAAAACGAUGCAUUCAGAUCACCGAGCAUCCGGCCGAUAGGUAUUUAUAAAUUGGUUACCUGCGCCAAAUUUUUUAACAGAAGGGAAGAUAAAGCAAGAGUCUCUAACAUUCUAAUCACUAUGAGUAUUUGGAACGAGAAAAGUCGUGGUGUCAUAAACCAUUGGCUUGUAGCUCUCACAUCCCAGUUUGAUCUGAAACGGUGCAGGAGCUGUGAUCUCCUUCAAGCUAGCUGGAUUUCUACCUGCUUGCCUCCUCGAUUCAGCCUCAUAGUUCGAUUUAGCCUCCGCGAUUCAACCUGGUCCGUCCUUGCCGCCAGUCCGCCACUUUUGCCACCGCCACUCUGCCCAUCGCCCACUGCUAGUCCAAAGUUUAAUUGCAGGAAUGGUGAGCACAAUAGAUUGCCAGUGGAGAGGCUAAAGAUAAUGCAAAUUUUUAGCCACUGGGAGGUGUCAAGUCCAUCUUUCAAAGGACAAGCUAUUCAGUCUCGAGAAGUGGGAAGGACUGAUAGUACUAACGUUAAAGGACCUUCUGGUGAGAUAGAGGGCACAGUUGCUUUGGUUAAAUCUGGUCCUGAGAGGGUGAAAACGACCCCAGCUGGUGAAUAUCUUACUUCUGCCCUUAAUGAUUUUGAUCCAGAACAAUACGACAGUCUUGCUGCCAUUUCAGAUGGGGCUAACAAGCUUUUGAUGCUGGUUUUAGCUGCGGUAAUCAAGGCAGGUGCUUCUAGAGAGCAUGAAAUACUUGCCGAAAUGGCUGGACUAGGUAACAAUGCAGCUGUUGAAGGAGUUACCAGGGAAGAAUUUCAUAAUCCACAGCAACAGAUCACUCAGUUGUGCUCUAGAUUAUCAGUAGAGAAAUGUGAGAAAUUAGCCUCCUAUUGGACAAAAUCAGCAAUUAAAUCAGCAAUUAGUUGA